AUGAAGUUCGGCGAACACCUCAGUAAGUCAUUGAUACGGGAAUACAGUUAUUACUAUAUAAGCUAUGAUGACCUAAAGAAUGAGUUAGAGGAGAACCUCGAGCGGAACGGCGGAGAGUGGUCUUCCGAUUUAGAAACUGAAUUUUUGGAAUCAUUGGAAGCUGAGUUGGAUAAGGUUUAUACGUUCUGUAAGGUGAAACAUAACCAGGUUUUGCGGAGGGUGAAGGAUGCGGAAGCUAAGGUUCGGACUACGAUGGGCUCCAUCCACUCUGUGAGCCCUGCUGCCGAUGAAGAGUUCGAGGUGCUCGAAGAAGAGCUAUCAGACAUUAUCGCAGACGUGCACGACUUGGCGAAGUUUGCGAUGCUUAACUACACUGGUUUCCAGAAGAUCAUCAAAAAACAUGACAAGAAGACUAAGUUUGUGCUCAAGCCAGUGUUCCAGGUUAGGAUGGAUUCCAAGCCUUUCUUUAAGGAGGACUAUGAUGAAAUUGUUGUCAAGAUUUCCCAAAUGUACGAUUUUGUCCGCACAAGGGGAAAUCCGGCCCGAGGGGACGCUUCUGCGGGUGGGAAGCAGCAAAACUUCGUCAGACAGACCACCAAGUACUGGGUGCAUCCUGAUAAUAUCACAGAGCUCAAGUUGAUCAUUUUGAAGCAUCUACCGGUGCUAGUCUUUAAUACGAACAAGGAGUUUGAGAAGGAGGAUAGCGCUAUCACGUCCAUCUAUUUUGAUAACAAGGAUCUUGAUUUGUACUACCAACGUUUGCGGAAGGACGAAGGUGCCGAGGCACACCGCCUACGGUGGUAUGGUGGCGUGGCAGCUGAUACUAUAUUUGUGGAGAGGAAAACACACAGAGAGAGUUGGACUGGUGAGAAGUCUGUUAAGGCUCGCUUUGCGUUAAAAGAGCGUUACGUGAAUGGGUUCAUCAAGGGAACUUACACUGCGAAUCAGGCAUUUGCCAAGAUGCGGAAGGAAAACAAGAAGACGCCACAAGAGAUCGAUGCCCUAGAAGCCCUUGCCACGGAAAUACAAUAUACCAUCUUAAAGAAACGGUUGCGCCCCGUCAUGCGCUCUUUUUAUAAUCGGACGGCCUUCCAAUUACCGGGUGAUGCGCGGGUCCGUAUCUCUUUGGAUACCGAGUUGACAAUGGUCAGAGAAGACGAUUUCGACGGUUAUGAUAGAACCAAUGGCAACUGGCGGAGGAUGGACAUCGGCGUUGAUUGGCCAUUUAAGCAGUUACCCGAGCACGAUGUUGAGUACUUCCCGUAUGCCGUGUUAGAGGUUAAAUUGCAGACCCAACUUGGUCAGGAGCCACCAGAAUGGGUUCGCGAGCUUGUCGGCUCGCACCUUGUUGAACCAGUUCCUAAAUUCUCGAAGUUCUUACACGGCAUGGCCGCCCUCUUGCCCAACCGCGUUGAUUCGAUCCCAUAUUGGCUCCCACAAAUGGACGUGGACAUUCGGAAACCCGUGAUCACAACGCAAAUCAAUAUCACCAGGCCCAAUUGCGAUGAUGAGGACGAGCAGGAUGAACUCCUUGAUGAUGCAGGCUACAGCAGACUAGGAAACAUCAUGGAUCCCGAGGAGCGUAUCGGAUACGGCUCGAUUGAGCCCCCGCCAGAGUCCGCACCCGCGGCGCCUGCGUUCCCGCGUACCCGUAACGACUCUGUCAUCCGCCGUAAAAUCAGCUCUACCCGGAAUCCGGUGGUUCGCCUGUACUACCGUGCAUAUGCAGCCCUCGAAAACUACCUGAACUUUGCUGACUACGAUCGGCCUCGUGUGGAUGCAGUUGACACAUUCAUCGAACCACCUCCUGGCAAAACCAUCUGCGUUCCUGUGAGGAUCGAACCAAAAGUUUACUUUGCCACUGAACGUACUUUCUUGUCAUGGUUGGAUAUCGGGCUCAUUUUCUCUGCUAUCUCGACCACCUUACUGACUUACGGCUCCCAGGCGGCCAUGAUUGGCGCGAUUGGUUUCUUCUUGACAUCCAUCGGGACCAUAUACUACAGUGCGUACAUAUACUGCAACAGGGUUAUCGAUAUCCGUCUCAGGCGUGCAGGUGACUACGAAGACAAGCGUGGGCCACCAAUCGUUUGUGGUAUGUUAUUCGCCUCAAUACUAUUCGUCUUCUUCUGCAAUUUGUUCUGA